AUGGACUUCCUUUUAUUUUCUUCCUACUUUCCUCUUUUGGACAUGAUUACCUCUCCUGUGUUUUUAAUUUAUUUCUUCCUCUUUGUCUCUUUCUUUGACCCAAUUCUUUUCCUUCUCUUUCAUAGUCUCUCUGUUUUUAUUUCAUUCUUUUUAUCGCUUUCAUCUUUUUUUUUCCUUUCAAUUUUUCCCACUCUUUAUUAUUCUUUUUACCUGUCUUUAUUUCUACCUUUUUUUUAUCACCUUCAUCUCUUUCUCUUACAAUUUUCUACUUGUUAUACUUUUUCCUGUCUUUAUGUAUGUUUUUUCUCACUUAUCAUUCUCUUUCAUCAUGCAAAUCUUCUCUCUCUCUCCCCCUGUAAUUCUUUACCUUUUUUUUAUUUCAUCUUUUUGUUUCUUUCCCAAGUUCUUCACCCUCUCUGUCAUAUUUUUCCUUUCUUUGUUUCUUCCCUUCUAUCACUUUACCUCUUCUUACUUAUCUCUAAUUUUUUUUCCCCAUCUUUAUUUCUUCUUCUUAUCCAUCUUUAUACCUGA